AUGUCUCCCAUAAGUGCCGCCGAAUUCUUCGAGCCUGCCAUGGACAGGCCACCCUCCCCAAGCAGACUUCGGCAGCUGAACUCGCAAAUGAGGCGAGCAUCGCAGCUGCGCCGCCAGAAUGGACACCGCACCGCCGCGUCGGCAUCUGUGGCUUCCAACGUCGACAAUCCCGGGUGGGAGCAGACCUUGGAGAAUCUGUCUCUCGGCAGACGGUCCUCCGUCAAGUCCACCGGCAGCAGCGCCCACUCGCGCGAGCGCUCAGAGAGUGUCUUCGGCAAGAACCCUUUCCAUCGACGGGUGAGAUCCAAGCGGGAGAGCAGCGCCAACUCCUCGUCGGCUAGCUCCAUGUAUUCCGCUGAAGUACCAGCGGACAAUGCUGCUGCCGCGCCUCCAAAGGAAUCUUUCAUACAGGCUUUCGCCAGACGACGAGCUUCGCGAGACGACGCCGCCGCAGCACAGAAGAAGCUGCAGAUAUCGGGUCCUUACAACUUCCAACAUGUUCUGCACACGAACCGCGACGAACGCCCACUGCAGGAGGCGCCCGAGCUGCUAACCAUGCGGGCGACCGGCCCGACAAGCGCUCCCCAUGCUGCCGCCUCGACCGAGGAAUCUGGCCUUCUGUUCCACCCCGACGCCUACAACGACUCUGGCGCCUUCUUCUCCAAGCCCGCUGCCGCAUCGCGCGAGACGCCCACUCCGCCUGUCGGGCCUCGUCGAUUGAUGAGGCGAAUUCGAUCGCAGGAUCAAAUGGGAGGCACGCCUUCCAUGUCACCACCGCCCAGACCACCGAGGUCUCCUAUCCCUCCCCCUGUGUCGCAAGCCGACUCUCCAGUUUCGCCCUCUCGCAGACCGAGCCUCCAGGUGGCGUACGAACAUGGAGAGCAGCUUCCGAUUGUCAACAUCGAACGCCCCAAGACCAGCGGAGGCUUCCGGCAUCCGUUGCCGUAUAACCCCGACGAGCAGGUCGAGCCGCUCCCGCCUAUGCCCAUCUUGACUACCCGCGAAGACUUCCACUUUUCUAAGACGAUGCUUUCGCCAAUCCAACCUUCACCUACUCGCGAAGACUUUCCUGUUUAUAAGCCAAUGCUGUCGCCAAUCCAGCCUUCACCUACCGAGCCCUCUUGGCCACUCGCCAGCCCUACUUUGGCAUCAUACGAGACCCCGCUUGCCGAUGUACCGGAAGAAGACGAGCAGAACGGUCCUGCUCGGCGGUCUAUUCGGGCCAGCCAAUCCGUUCCCAUGCUUCGCAAAUCUCAUCGCCCGGUGAGCAACGCGUCAGAAACGCUUGGCAGCCCCCUUCCGACGCCGGUACCGCAGCAUGCUGCUCCGGAGGGUCACGGGUUCGACUUUGGGCUCGGCGACGAGAGCUGGGAAGAUGAUAUUGACUAUUGCUACGAGCACGAGGCGGAGGCGGACUGUGACUACCAGUGGGAGCGUGAAUCCAUUGAUACCGCUCGCGAUAGCGAUACCCUCCCGGUGGAUGUGAGCUUUGCCCCCGAGGAGGCCGUUGUGCCCAUUGGGACCGCAACGUCGUCUCCCGGCAUGCUUUCCGUAGCCACAUUCGACGUUCCCGCCCUGAGCCCCAUCAGCCAGACAUCGACACCUACUGUCCAAGAGGCCAUCACGCCUGUUUUCGCCGCUCCUGCUACCAACAAUUUUUCUCUCCCCCGCCUGGACAAGAAGAAGAUUCGUGCUUCGUAUGCUUCGAGCUUCAAGGAGUCCCAUGGCUUCACCUUGUCUCCUUCACUGCUCAUUCCUGGCGACUUCCAUCAGCAGAUGCUGCUGGAAGAGGGUGCCCGAUACGAGCACCCCGACGAGGAUGAGCCGACAUUGCCAUACGCCCAGGCGGCGUUGUAUGACGAGACCAGCAAGUCAAUGCAGUGGUCGCAGCAGCGAGCGAGUACCUCCACGACGGGAACUACUUCCACUAACUCGGAUUCGACUGCCGACCGUCACGUCUCGACCAACUCCACUUGGUCGUUUUUCACUCGCUACACAGCGAGCAGCAGCGGCUCGGUACACAAGAUGACUGAAUCCUGGACCGAAUCUGCAGAGCCUCUGCCGGCAUCCCAAGCCGAGGUGUUGCCGCCUGCUGAUAUUGCAGACGAGGCGAAUAUCACCAGCCCGCAAGACACGGUUCCCGAACUGGUCUCAUUCCCACUCGCCCCGUCCAGGAAAGUUGCUCAUCACAAAUCUCACGCCAGUGAGUCGAUCAUCCGCGAGGAUCCUUCUGCUUCGUUCAAGCAGUUCGAGGCAGGCCAGAGACGGGCCUCGCGAUCCAGGACUGCCAGUCUGAACAGCCAAGCGCCGCCAGUUGGACAGUAUGCCUUGUUUCCCCGUUCGUACAUCAAACCAACGGGCGACCGCAUUUAG